AUGGCCGGGUUCUGGCUCAUGGGUAGUGGAUUAGGUACGGAGAUCUCCCUCGCCAGCACCUGUUUCUAUUGUGAUGUGUCCGUCCGCGAUUUUAUGGUCCUGGUGUCUAGUGUUCCUGUGUUCACGUGUUCAAGUGUUCACCUGUUCCUGUGUUCACGUGUUCCUGUCUUUACGUGUUCCUGUGUUCCUGUGUUCACGUGUUUCAGGGUGGACAUGAAGCAUCGUUACCGUAGAGACCUGAUCAGAGGAGAGGCGGAGUCAACCAUGACCAAACAGAAACUUCAGGAGAGGAUGAGAGAGCAGUUUCAGAAGUCGAUGGGCGGAGCUCCAUCAUGGGCAGAGAACAAAAAGAAGAAGAAGAAGAAGAAGACAGCUGAUGAAGAUGAAGAUGAUGAUGAUGAUGAUGAUGACCUGAUGACGAGGACGGGAAACUUUGUGGCGUCUUCAGACAGUCUGCCGAGCGGCGUGCUGAGAGUGAAGAGGUGUGUUCAUGCGAACAGCGCUCGUCCGUCAGACGACAGGUUGACCUCCGUUCAGUUCCAUCCGUCCGCUCAGGUCGUCAUGACCGCCGGGCUCGACCAAUCGGUGUCCCUCUUCCAGGUGGACGGGAAGACGAACCCGAAGAUCCAGAGCAUCCACCUGCAGCGCUUCCCGGUCCACAAGGCUCGCUUCAGCCGUGACGGAGAGACGCUGAUCGCCACGGGCCUGAACAACAAGAUGUUCUACCUGUACGACAUGAUGGAGGGCCGGGUCACACCUGUGCACGCCGUCAGAGGUCUGAAUGAAUCCAGAGUGAGGGAGUUCUCUGUGUGUCCUGAAGGAGGCGCUCUGCUGCUGACUGGAACCAGCGGAUACCUGCACCUCCUCACUCUCAAGACGAAGGAGGUGGUCCGCAGUAUGAAGAUUAACGGUCAUGUCAGCGGCGUCGCCUUCUCACCUGACGGCAGCAAAGUCUUCACCAACUCAGACGAGGGCGAGGUGUAUGUGUGGGACCUGCGCAGCAGUCGGUGUGUGAACAGGUUCACGGAUGACGGCUGUGUGAGGGCGACGUCCAUCGCCGCCUCGCGGAGCGGACAGUACCUCGCCUGCGGCUCACAGUCGGGCGUGGUCAACAUCUACUCACAGGAGGCGUGUCUAAAUUUAGCCAAUCCCAAGCCUCUGAGGGCGGUGAUGAACCUGCUGACCUCAGCCACCUCUCUGACCUUUAACCCCUCCUCUGAGAUCCUCGCCAUCGCUUCCCGAGCCGAGGACGAGGCCAUACGCCUGGUCCACCUGCCCAGCCUCACCGUCUUCUCCAACUUCCCCGUCUCCAAGAAGAAGAUCGUCCAUCGGGCAAGCUGCCUCGACUUCUCCCCACACAGCGGCUUCUUCUCAUUGGCUAACAACAAAGGACACGCCCCUCUCUUCAGGUUGCUGCAUUACAAAGACUUCUGAGGAGCUGAAACAUCAAACCUGACCCGUGAAGGACCGGUCCGUGGUUCUGUCAUGAUCUCCACACGUCGUGUAAUCUGAUUACAUCUCAGCGUUUUUUAAUCAUGACGUCACAUGAUCAGGAACAGGAAGUUGACAGGACUUGGCUGGACAUGGAGAGAAGUGGAUCAGCUGAUCAGAUGUUUGUUUCCAUUGUUUGUAUGAAAAAUAUAAAAAUAUAAAAAUAUAAAACGUCAAAA